AUGGCGAAGAAGCGGCAGUGUGACAGUUUCAGGUUAUCAGUGUUUGUAAUCUCGCCCGUUGCUCAAAGAGAAAUUCGCUUUGGUAGUGGAGAAACUAUUCAAUUAUUCGACAUUAUUGGAAAAAAAACAAUGUAUCACCAACAUCAGGAUAUCAUACGUGAAAAUUAUAUCACACUUGCAGCGCAUUUUACAGCUGACCAAUUGUAUAAAGCGCAUCGACUACAGGUUAAUGAACUGCUCGGAGUACCUGUCAUACAGGUGCGGCUUUCGUUAAGUUUAUCAAUAAUCCUUCAUCUUGUCUGCUUAAUGAACAGAAAGGACUAUGUAUUCUUUUAA